UGACGUUCAGCGGAAGUAAACACACCAAGCGCCAGUGUUAGCUGCAUGUAUUGAAUUCGCUAGAAGGCUUCAUUGUAGUCGUAGCACCUCUAAUUGUUUCAUUUGUAAUUAAUUAACAAUGUCUUCAGUUGAGUGUUUGAGAGAGUUUGUCAACGAGCGACUAACUGCUGCUGCUGAAGAAAUAUUCGGAGUUUUUAUAAAAACUAUCGUCGAGUAUGAGGAAGAGAUCGAUCGUCAGCGCAGACUGCUGGAUAUCGUUUGGAAACCCGAAGUAAAGUUACACAGGAUAGAGCUCCCACAGCAACAUGUCUGGAAGGAGGAGGAGGUUCUGGCUGACCAGCAGCUCUGUAUUCAGGAGAGGAACUCCAGUCUGGACCAAGAGGACCCAGAGCCUCCACAGAUUAAAGAGGAACAGGAGGAACUCUGUACCAGUCAGGAGGGAGAGCAGCUUGUACUGAAGCAGGAGACUGAUACCUUUAUGUUGACUCCUACUUAUGAGGAAAGAGACCACAGUGAAGCAGAACUGAAAAGUGACCACCAGCUCCUCUCUCACAGCUGUCAUGUAGCUGAGAGCCAAGAUCAGAAAGGAGGUGAGCAUGAAGACUCAGGAUCAACUAGAGAUGCAGAGCCAGAACAUCAUAAUCCUCCCACAGAGCUCCCACAGCAACAUGUUUGGAAGGAGGAGGAGGUUCUGGCUGACCAGCAGCUCUGUAUUCAGGAGAGGAACUCCAGUCUGGACCAAGAGGACCCAGAGCCUCCACAGAUUAAAGAGGAACAGGAGGAACUCUGUACCAGUCAGGAGGGAGAGCAGCUUGUACUGAAGCAGGAGACUGAUACCUUUAUGUUGACUCCUACUUAUGAGGAAAGAGACCACAGUGAAGCAGAACUGAAAAGUGACCACCAGCUCCUCUCUCACAGCUGUCAUGUAGCUGAGAGCCAAGAUCAGAAAGGAGGCGAGCAUGAAGACUCAGGAUCAACUAGAGAUGCAGAGCCAGAACAAAAGAAUCAAGAUCACAAAAGCAGAAGCCACAGAAACAAUGUAAACAACUCUACCAUGUCAGAGGUUCACCAUAAUCCUCACACAAGUAAAAGGUCUUUAAAAUGUGACACAUGUGGAAAAGAUUUUCAGUAUAAGUCAGGAUUGCAGAGACACCUGAGAAGUCACACAGGUGAGAAGCCAUAUUCUUGCAGCAGCUGUGGGAAAAGAUUCAGUUACACAUCGGAUUUGAACGCCCAUAUGAAAAUCCACACAGGUGAGAAACCAUUUUCUUGCAAAACUUGUGGGAAGGAUUUCAGAACGAGCAGUGCCUUGAUUGUCCAUAUUAGAACCCACACAGGUGAGAAGCCGUACCUUUGCAAGACCUGCGGGAAACGAUUCAGUGGCGCUUCAGCAUUUAAAAAACAUAUGAGAAUCCACACAGGUGAGAAGCCGUAUACUUGUAAAACAUGUGGAAAAUCUUUUAGACGGAGAGAUGGCUUGAUAGUACAUAUGAGAACCCACACAGGUGAGAAGCCAUGCCUUUGCAAUACCUGCGGGAAUAGAUUUACUGACACUUCAGCAUUGAAUACACAUAUUAGAAUCCACACAGGUGAGAAGCCGUAUACUUGUAAAACAUGUGGGAAAGAUUUCAGAGACAGCAGUCAUUUGAACAUCCACAUCAGAACCCACACAGGUGAGAAGCCGUACCGUUGCCUGACCUGCAGGAAAAGAUUCAGUGAUAUUUCAACAUUUAGAGCACAUAUAAGAACCCACACAGCUGAGAAGCCAUAUUCUUGCAAAACAUGUGGCAAUUCUUUCAGACGGAGAGGUAGCUUGAUUGUCCACAUGAGAAUCCACACAGGUGACAAACCAUAUUCUUGCAAAACAUGUGGGAAAGACUUUAGAACCAGCACUCACUUGAAACUCCAUACAAGAACCCACACAGGUGAGAAGCCGUUCCUUUGCAAGACCUGUGGGAAAAGAUUCAGUGACACUUCAGCAUUUAAAUCACAUGUAAGGAUCCACACAGCUGAGAAACCAUAUUCUUGUGAAACGUGUGGGAAAUUUUUCAGCCGGAAGGGUAGCUUGAAAGUCCACAUGAGAACCCACACAGGUGAGAAGCCGUACCUUUGCAAGACCUGCUGGAAAAGAUUCUGUGACAUUUCAGCAUUUAAAAAACAUGUGAGAACCCACACAGGUGAGAAGCUGUAUUCCUGCAAAACAUCUGGGAAAGACUUUACAUGUAGCAGUCACUUGAAAGUCCACGUGAGCACUCACACAGGUGAGAAGGCCUGCCUUUGUAAGAUCUGUGGAAAAGAUUCAGUUACAUGUCAGCAUUUAAACAACAUAUGAGAACUCUUAAAGGUGAGAAGCUGUAGCUUUGCACAAUCUGCGGGAAACGAUCUGAUCUGACAGCACAGAAGAUUGCAUACAGGCAAGUAGCCUUGUAUUUGCUAAAUAUGUGGGAGAUGAAUCCGGUCUAGAGGCUUCUUGUCAUAACCCACAAGAACUCCAAGAAGUGGUGAAUUGCGUAAUUGCAGCACUUAUGUUGUUUUAACUCAAAUUACAUACUUGAAAACACCUGAGGAUCAAUACACAAAGGAGAAACCAUACAGCUAAAAUGCCUGUGGAGACGUUUUCACCUGUGAAUGAAAUACAUUUUUGCAAUAACUACUAAAAUGUUUUCCAUAAAACAAGAUGUCUGUUUCGUAAUGUAAAGUUUCCUUUGAUAUGACUGUAUUGCUUUAUUUUGUAGCAACAGUGUUUCUUUGAAUCUCCCAAAUGGAGGAAAAAUUAGUUUCACAGUGAGUGCACAUAGUGGCUGUCUAAGUAGUGGUGUGAGUUUGAUUGUUGUUGGUUUUGCUGAAUGUCUAUUUAUGAAGAAUCUCUCAAUAAGUUUUAGUUUAAAGUGCUAAUGCUCUGUUCCAUUUACCUCGGAAGCUGAAGCUGGGAAUGACAUCACACCCGAUUUGCCUGCAUUCCAGAACAACAACAGAUUUAAGAAAACCGAGAUGGAUGCUGUUGUUAGCAAUACCAGUUAAUAACAACACAUUAUGCGGUGUUUUGCACAUACAAACACCAUAGCAACAUGCCCACAGAUAUAAGUUGGAGAGUAGUACUGACUUCCCUCUAUUGAUGUUCAGAGCGGCCAUUUUGGAUUUGGGUUUGGUGAGGUUCUCCCGACUUUACGAGUCAGAAAUCCGACUUAAGGGGGCGGGCACUUUUCAUCACACAUUCCAUUUACAUCAAGUACUUAUAUAUGAAGCCUCCUACACAUCUUUGCUAGAUGUUUUACAUUUAAAGGUUACUGACAUGUUGUGAAAAUUGUUAAUUUCCUUGUAAAGAAAUAACAAAUAAAGAAUGUUAUGCUGUUGUUAAA